CCAGUCCCCCGCGCCUUUAAAAGAGCCUUUCCCCAGCUACGCGAUCCCUCGCCCCCCACACAAACCGCAUCUCGAAUCCAUUGACCAGACGGCGGCGCACAUCUUCUCCCCCACGGUUCUCCCCAUCGGCCUGCUGGCUUCCCUUCGUCUCCCCCGAUACUGAUCCUCAUCACCCAUGUCUGCUGAAGUUGCUGGAGGACACCCUUAUUUCCUCUCGUGCUACUUCUGGUUCAUAUACUGCAUAAAAUUCCGAGAUUUCACUUGAUACAAGUGGAACACUAGGAGUUUUGUGCUAAUACUUCCUACCAUGUGAAUCAGUUGUAGCUGGUGAAUUUGGCAAGACUCAAGUUUCUCUCAUCUGAGUUCAGAAAACAUCUGUUGGUUGAUUGCUUGAUCUCCUGCUUCCCUUGAGUCUUGCCAACCAUAGUUUUCUCUGAUCAUCAGUGUGGUCUACGAUCUCUUUCUGUGACUUGACCAACUUCUCUCUUGGUCCUGUCAAUCUCGCAACACUCCCAUCCAAAGACUUGUCUAGAGGUUGGAUUGCCUUGCUACCUGCUGGCACUGCAGCCUCCUGAAGUCUUCUCCUUGCUGCAUUCUGUUCCCACACGUUUGAAAGCUGCUCUCUUCUGCUCUGCUUUGUUGAUUUGUGCACUUGGAUUCUCUUGUUUGUGCACUCAAGCUUCUCUCUUCCUUGGAAACUAGUGAUCUCCUUGAAGCAUUUCAGCUUUUGUCUAGAGGUCUUUCUAUUGGUGUUGAAGGCAAGUGAAGCUUUAGGGUGAUGGCGCAAACUAGCUUGCCUCCUGGUUUUCGUUUCCACCCAACUGAUGUUGAGCUCGUUUCCUACUACUUGAAGAGGAAGAUUAUGGGAAAGAAACUUAUUGUAGACGCUAUAUCAGAGGUUGAUCUCUACAAGUUUCCUCCCUGGGAUCUCCCUGAUAAGUCCUCCCUUCGAAGCAAAGAUCUUGAAUGGUUCUUCUUUUGUCCUCGUGACAAGAAGUAUCCUAAUGGGUCUAGGACAAACCGUGCCACACCAAAUGGUUACUGGAAGACUAGUGGAAAGGAUAGAAACAUUAUGCUUAACUCUCGCACUGUUGGAAUGAAGAAAACAUUGAUAUUUCAUGAAGGCAAGGCCCCUAAGGGUGACAGAACUGAUUGGGUGAUGUAUGAAUACAAAAUGGAAGAUGAGGAUUUGGUUUCUUCUGGUUUCUCAAAGGAUGCUUAUGUACUCUGCAAAAUUUUCAAGAAAAGUGGCCUGGGUCCAAGGAUAGGGGAGCAAUAUGGGGCUCCGUUUAAUGAAGCCGAAUGGGAUAAUCCUGAAGCUGAAUCUUCUAUGUUUCCUUUGAUGGCCUCUUCAGAAGUAGUGAACCCAAUAGAGGGACCACGCGCCCAGCCUGCUGCCCCUGCUGGUGCUCUUCAGGAACCACCUCUACAUAAUUCAUCUGCUACUUGUGCUGGAGAGGAAUCAUCAUUUGAUUAUGCCACUGCAAAUACUUGUGCUGAUGACAUAACUUUUGGCUAUACUGUUGCUAGCUCUGCUAUCCAAGAUAUACCUGCUCAGAUGUCAGGAGAUGGUGUGGUUUCUGUGAACAACAUAUCUAAUGAGGCCAAUGAUAUGUACAGUCCUCAUGACUGUGAUGGUUUUCUAUUGGAGGAGCUGUCUAGAUUUCUGAAUGAUUCUCCUGGAGAGUGCUCUGGUCUUCCUCCGAUGUCUGAAGCUGAGGCUCAUGCUUUUGAAGUCAGCUCUUUUGGCCUCUACAAUGAAUUAUCAGGGCUUGUUGGGUUAGGAGGCGUGGAUAACAACAGCAAUGUGGAAACUACAGAUUACCAGCUGCCACCUGACAGAGAACUGUCUGCUGAUGAUUACAUGGAACUAACUGAUCUCCUUGCUCCUGAUCCAAGCUUCCCCACUGAAUUUCCUGCUGAGGACAGUCAAUAUAUGCAGUAUCCUCUUGCUCAUUUCAAUGGACAUUAUGAUGUCCCUACAAUGUCAGGUCCUUUGGAACCAACAAUGCCUAGCAUUUUCGAUGCUUUUCCUCCUUCCAAUAAUGGAGUCCUCGCCACAGAUGUGGUAGCCAACUACAUGGACCCAACCAUGCAGUUCCCUUUCUCAUGAUUGGUUUCCAAUUGUCAUGGAGUUCUCUGUUGCUACUACAACUCUUUACGAACCUUGGAUGUUGGGGACGUCAUCGAUGUCAUACUUGGGUGCAUGAAAUCGUCUGCUGCUCUUCUGAACCAAGCUGACCAGGCCUCAUGAAAUUGUCUGCUGCUCUUCUGAACCAAGCAAACAAUGACUGGUAUUUCUUGGAAGCACGGUGCUUGGAUCAAUCUGCAUCGACUACUGCAAGCUCCCAACCGGUUGAGCUGACCGUCAAUCUCGGCGCUCUGCUGAGUAUCAAUAAGACUUGGCGUGUAAAUCUUUGGUUAUGUUAUUACCUGUGUGUAUUGCAACCUGCAUGAUUGCCAUCUUUAAGCAAUUUGGCUUAUGUAUUGACAAUAUGCAAACCAUUAUGAUUGUCGUAAUAUGGAUGUUUAAUUAAUACUUUAUGUUUACCCCGUCCCCCGUUAUGUAGUUAAUUGGCUUUUGGAUC